GCUCCCUCAUUCGCUCAGAUAUUUCACACGGCAAUACUGGCUUGACAAACCUGUUUUAGACAAAAGUAGGGCGGUGGCAUUUUUGUCUUGUGAAACGUUUUAAUACCAAGCGCUUGGAUCCGGGAGUGCCUUCUCAUUGCGUCUGUUUUACCAUCCUCACAGUUGUGCGUGUUCAUAUUGGAGCCAAUAUCAGCCAUGGACGCUUUAAUGAAAGGUUUCUCUAAAGCCAAGGAUGGGGUCGUGUUGGCGGCGGAAACCAAGCAGGGAGUGACUGGAGCAGCUGAGAUGACGAAAGAUGGGGUUAUGUUUGUAGGUAACAAAACAAAGGAUGGAGUCACAACAGCUGUGUCUGGAGUGUCUCAGGUGGGUGGAGCAAUGGUUACUGGGGUUACCGCUGUGGCCCACAAAACUGUAGAGGGUGCAGGAAACAUUGCUGCUGCCACUGGAUUGGUCAAGAAGGAUCCUGCCAAACAAACUGACGAAGCAGUACAGGACAUGGCAGAGUCACCGGUUGAUACUGACCCCGCUGAUGUUACAGAGGACGACGAUGAUUGAGAUCUUCACAAUGAAGAGCAAAGAUCCAUAUCGAAGAUCAUGAUCAAAACAUUCCAUGUCGCUCUGUGCCAAGUCCGUUGGUGCCUCGUUUUGGUCCUUUAUGGAGUCUGUGCCCAACGUUUGUGUGGCGUGUGUUGUUUCUGUCU